AGUCCAGACACAAAGCAAACGACUCUGUAUAUUUUAUUCAAACUCUUGUAUCCAAUAAAAUUUUAAAUGUGUAUGAUCUUCAGGAAGUGAAUCAGAACUGUAACACAUUCCACUUUUAUAUUUAGUGUGAAGCAUUGCAUUUGCGAUCAUAUUCAGCCACACUGCUCUGUCUGUAAGGCUGUUUAAUACUAAUGGCUCAUUAGCAAAGCACUGAGGCCAGAUCAGAACUCUCUCCUGGUGUUCUGAGCCAGAGGGGAUGGGGAGUGACUUACACCCCUAAGAUAAUCUGUGCCUUAAAGGAGUCUUCAGUAGACAUGCGCUGCACUUACUCAUAUCCCUCACGUCACGCAGUGCAGAAAACUUUCUGGUUUAUUCACUGGAACAGUCUACAGGAGCCUGAGGACCUGUCCCAGGACCCAGAGUACUCUCACCGUGUGGAGUACCUGGGGAAUCAGAACAAUGACUGCACUUUCAGAAUAAACCAGCUGAAAGAAAGCGAUUCAGCAAUAUAUUGCUUCAGGUUCCUGACUAACAUCCAAGAUGGAAAAUAUUUUGGUCAGCCUGGAGUCUCAUUGACAGUUACAGGUCUUCAGGUGAAAGUGACAGAGAAUGAGGCACAGAGUGUAACACUGACCUGUAGCAGCACCUGCACUUUGCGUGGCAGGCGAACCUUUACCUGGUACAAGAAUGGAAUAGCUGUGCCCUAUGAAAAUGAAUACUCCCUCAAUUUAGCCAGCACUGAUGAUACAGAUCUGUACUCCUGUGCUACAGGAAGAGUCACUUCCCCUGAAGUUAAUGUGAAAUGUGUGAAGGUAGAAAUCAUUUCAGACACAGUGUCAGGGGGAGAGACAGUGGAACUGACCUGUAGAGCAACCUGCACUCGGCUGGGCAACAGCUUCAUCUGGUACAAGAAUGAGCAGCUUCUGACUGACGACUACAAGUUCUCCCAGUCCCAUAGAAUCCUUACAUUCACAGCCAGAAGUAAAGAUACGGGCAGAUACUCCUGUGCAGUAAGAGGCAAUCAGCGUCUUGUUUCCCCCGCCGUGACUCUCAGUGUGAGAUGUGUAAAGAUUGAAAUAACAUUUAAGAAAGUGAGUGAGGGAGAGUGGGUGACACUAACCUGUAAAAUCACCUGCACUCACCUGACUGGCAGCCAAACAUUCAGCUGGUACAAGAAUGGACAAUUUCUACAAAACAACGCCAGGAAAUAUCAACAAGAUGACUACCUUCAGUUCAAAGCCAGCAGUGGAGAUGCAGGCAGCUACUCCUGUGCACUGAGAGGUCAUGAGAAUCUCCCGUCCCCAGCAGUGACUCUCUAUACUCCUAAAAACGCCUCAGUAGCAGUGAGCCCCUCUGGUGAAAUAGUGGAGGGCAGUUCAGUGACUCUGACCUGCAGCAGUGAUGCCAACCCACCAGUGCAGAGAUGCACCUGGUAUAAGAAUAAUAGAGCUUUACCCUCACAGACAAUAUCUGGACAGAAGUACACUAUUAAAGAGGUCAACUCCAGGCAUGCUGGAGAAUACUACUGUGGGGCAGAGAAUGCAAUUGGGACAGACAGAUCUCCUCAUAUAAAUCUCAAAGUGCAGUGUUUGAAGGUGGAUAUAAAUUCUAUCACAGUGACAGGGGGAGAGACAGUGGAACUGACCUGUAGAGCAACCUGCACUCACCUGAGCAACAACUUCAUUUGGUACAAGAAUGAAAAGUUUCUGCCUGACUACUACAGGUUCUCCCAGUCCUAUAGAAACCUUACAUUCACAGCCAGAAGUGAAGAUACGGGCAGAUACUCCUGUGCUGUAAGAGGCAAUCAGAAUCUUGUUUCCCCCGCCGUGACUCUCAGUGUGAGAUAAAUAUCAAAAUCACAACUACCUUCAGUUCAAAGCCAGCAGUGGAGAUGCAGGCAGCUACUCCUGUGCACUGAGAGGUCAUGAGAAUC